ACCAGUAAUCAGUAGCCAGUAAUAUUAGUCAACAUACUAUAUAAAAAUUAGUAAUUUAUUUAUAAAUGAUACACAUUUCUUAAAUGUUGUUUCAUUAUUGUCUAAUAAUGGUUUGAAAUUGUAUAUGUAUAUUUAAUACAUAAUAUAUUACUAUCAUAUUAGAAUAAAUCAUGUCUUUUCUAAGAGGAUCAUUGAAUUAUGUUUGGUGUACAACCAGUGUAUUGGGAAAGGGGGCCACUGGUGCUGUUUAUCAAGGUGUAAAUAAAAUAAAUGGGGAGCCAGUUGCUGUGAAAACUUUCAAUCAACUGAGUUACAUGCGUCCAGGAGAUGUUCAAUUGAGAGAGUUUGAGGUGCUGCGUAGAGUGAACCACAAAAAUAUAGUAAAAUUACUUGCGAUUGAGGAAGAGCAGCAAGAUGGCAGGGGAAAAGUCAUAGUGAUGGAGUUAUGCACAGGUGGCAGUCUGUUUAAUAUUUUAGAUGAUCCUGAGAAUACAUAUGGUUUAGAAGAGAAGGAAUUUCUAUUAGUUUUAGACCAUUUAUCAGCUGGAAUGAAACAUUUGAGAGACAAUAACUUGGUGCACAGAGAUCUGAAGCCAGGUAAUAUAAUGAAAUUUAUUUCUGAUGACGGUAGUACUAUCUAUAAACUGACUGAUUUUGGUGCUGCAAGAGAGUUGCAAGAUGGACAAGAAUUCAAUUCCUUGUAUGGCACUGAGGAAUAUUUACAUCCAGAUAUGUAUGAAAGAGCUGUACUCAGAAAGCCUCAAGGUAAAACUUUUGGGGCCACUGUUGAUUUGUGGUCCAUUGGGGUAACAUUGUACCAUGUAGCAACUGGCAAUUUACCUUUUAGACCUUAUGGAGGAAGAAGGAAUAAAGAAACAAUGUUCCAUAUAACUACGAAGAAGGCAAGUGGUGUGAUCUCUGGAAUACAGACAGAAGAUAAAGGUUCCAUUGAGUGGAGCAGAGAAUUGCCAGUUAAUUGUCAAUUGAGUGCAGGUCUGAAGAAAAUUGUUACACCACUUUUGGCUGGUUUAUUGGAGGCUGAUCAAAAGAACAUUUGGAGUUUUGAGAAAUUUUUUAAUGAAUCAACUAAUAUUCUUUUGAGAAAGAAAAUUGACAUAUUCCAUAUAAAUCGUGCCACUAACAUUAAGAUCUACAUACAUCCUGAUGACAUUUUUGAACAACUAAUUGCUCAUAUUGCAGAGCAAACAGAUAUUCAAGCUGAAAACCAAAUUCUUCUCUGCAAAAGUAAUCUAUUUUUGGAUGAAGUUGGCUCGAAUGCCAGAGCUUUAGGUUAUCCAGCAACAGUGGAACAGGAACCGCUGGUGCUUUUCAGUAAGGAAAAUAAUAAUGUUUCAAUAAUCGGCAUGCCGGAUCUUCCUCGGUUUCCUGAGUUCGCAAAUAUCGUUUCUGUAGAGAACGAUGCGGCGCAGGCAAAGACAGCCUGCAGUAUCGCUCACGUCUGCAAGAGGCGCGUUGAGAAAAUAUCCAGGUCCACUGCUCUUAUAAAAUAUUCAGUUAACAAUUUCACUAAUUACAUUAAGAAUAAACUGAGAACGAUAAAUACAACUUCCAGACAUCUUAAACAAUUAACGACUAAUCAGAAGAUGGUCUGCAAUACAUUCCAAGUCUCGCAAAAUACGAUAAACGCUCUGAGCAAAACUAAAAUUACAGUUACCGAGUUACCCGAAGAUCUCGAGAAGUUGAGCGAAGAUUUUCUUACAGAGACCUAUUCGAAGGUGACUCAGGUGUAUGAAAAGCACGUGCAUGAGAACACGCUGCAAUUGGAAUGGGAUUCGUCCUGCAACGGUAUCAAAUGUCCAUCGGAAACGAAAGCCGCAGAAAAAGCAAAGAAUUUAAUUGAGAGGCUUCGUGAUUCGUGGCAACAUCUCGUCCGUGAUCGUGCCACGAGAUCGCUCAGCUACAAUGAUGAGCAGUUUCACGUACUGGAAAGAACGAAAAUCACCGAAACUAAUCGUAGGAUCAAGCAGCUCCUGGAAUCGGAUUGCGUUCCGGCUUAUAACCAUUUCGCCGAGAUACUCGGCGACUGGUACAAGAUUGCCCAGACGAUUUACUUGAAGACGGUGAUUCUCAACAAAGACGUGAACAUGUACGAAAAUAAGCUGGAGAAUUUCACACAGAAUCUGGGCAUUUACAACACGCAGUACAUGGAGGACAUGCAAGCAGUCCUGGACCACGCCAACAAUGGUACGGAUACACCGAACGCAAUGAGUAUUACGCAGAAGAGGAAAUUAAGAAGUAUAUUUAAGGAGGCUGAAAAAUAUAGGACGAACAUCGAGGAUAUUUUGAGGUAUAACGGCGAGCUUAUAAAGACGAUUGAAAGAUUAACAAAGAAAGUCGAUAUUGAAGACGAGUGAAUAUAAGCUUUCAUUUUCGAGGCUUCGAGUUAAUAAUAAAUUCUAUAAAUUGUUAAAUAUUCAAAAUAUUAUAUAUCGGACUUACUUCAGUAAUGCAUUCAAAGUGUUUCCUGUGAUUUGUACACAAUAAAAAUGAUUUUUUUUC